GACCGCCGUGCAGUCAACACGCAUUGCGUUGCAUCUCGUAUUUAUUUUAUUUGUAUUUAUAUAUAUAUUUUUUUUUUGCCCGGGAACAUACGGAUUGUUGUGCUGAUUGCGUGUAAAAUUGUUUUUUUUUUUCUCCUUGUUUUGGUGCGAUCGUGCGUGCCCGUGGCGGAAUUUUUAGUUUGCGAAAACAUUCUGAGGUUGCCCACCUUCUCACGUUCUUCUCAUCGCUCACGGUGAACUCAUCAGUGCAAUUACAUUGUCUGCAACUCGUUGAUUGUAUGUGUUUUUUGCUCUGGCCGUUUGCAAAGUAUCAGCUGUCGUAAACUGAGACGGGCAAGCAAAAGGGGAAGAAAAAAAAAAAAGGAAGUGAAGCAAAAGCAAAAAAGGGGAAAAAAAGCCUUUGGCCUUUGGUUUCGGAGCCAGAAGAGACUCGGUCAUGCAAUCGACAUGUGCGUCUUUCGUUUUUCUUUCUGCGCCGUCUAUUUUGCGUGCGUUUUAGUUCAAGUGCUUGUGGUGUUGUUGAAGUGAAUGGCCUUCCUUGCCUCGUCCUUUUGCGUCCGCCAAUGAAAAAAAGCUGGCCGGAAAAAAAAUAGAAUCGCUGCCCUUCCAUCUUUUCCUUUCUCGCAAAAUCUCCGGUUUACCCAACGUCUAGUGCGACCCAUCCAAACAGCGCACACACACGUUGAUGGAUGGCUCGACGGAUGGAUAAAAGCAGCAGCAGUUAAGACGGAAUAGCUUUUCAGUCUUUUAAAGCGCGGAGAGGAUUUCCGUCUUCUUCGUUUGUCGCUUGCUUCGUUGGGUCGUCGUCAUUGUAUGACCCCCCCAAGAGCCAAUCAUCUUCCAUUGUUGCCGCCAACUUGACCAAACGACGUCAUUAUUGCUUGUUGCCGCACUCCGCCUCGACGAUAGUGAGGCCGGUUUCGUGAUUAAUCACUGCGUGCACUCCCGGCAGCCAUGAAAUUUUGGAAUCCACCCCUUCUUUACAAGGCUUACGAAGUCAUAAAGAUUUACUAUAUUAACUGAACCACUUUUACCGCAAGAGUGUUGGCCAUUUCUUUUUCAUUUUCUUAUUUUAGAAAAAAAGCAACAAAUCAAAUCAAAUAAUUAUAAUAAAAGCCUUGUAUAAAUCGAUGCCAAACCCUGUGGGGAUGGCCGCAAGUGUUAGCGCGGUCGUGUCACGCUGGUCGUGUUGCUGGUGGCGGCAGUGUGUGAUUCCUAGUGAGCGUCAUCACAGUGACAGAUGAUAUGAGGACGUCUAGCCCCAAGCCGAAAAGAACCAACUACUCAUCCUGCUACUAUAACAUCUGCGACACGCAAAUCUCCCGAGCGUGUACCACCGUGACAAUCCAUGUAUCUCUCGUCCCUAUUGCUCGAAGGAAGAUUCAUAAAAAGAAAAGCUAGCCCUUUUUCUUCCGAAUUUCUACUUCCGAAAUCAAUGAAAAAUAACGCCAUCCUCCCCUUUUUUUACAAAAUGUUUACUGUGAAACACUGAAGUUCCGCUCGUCGGCGGAUGGCCUUACGUGCUGGCGUAUAGGAUAUUCGUUUUGUUUUGUGUGGCUGGCGCUUUGAUUUGUGAACGAACGGAAGGACACGUAAAAACGCCAGAGCGGACAGAUCCAAAAACUUUUAGGGUUCAGCGAUCAGUGAUUACGGAUUGAAUGUGUGCGUGGCGUUACUGCGAUGUUCCGGCCUGGGGGAAAUAGCGUACACAAUCGAUAACCUUAGCCAAUGAAGAGGACCAAUAUCUAACAAAUCAUAAACAGUAUUGUGCCAGCGUUCCGUCGGAUUGUGUGGAUGGAUUACGUCAAAAAACGUCAGUCAUGCUUCUUUCAGCUGUCCAGUGAUCCGAAUGACUUGUGGUGGCGGUCAGCCAUGGGUCAGACCAUGUGCUACUUUGGACUGGAUAAACCAGGAACAGCAGCUUCACGUGGUGGGGAGGAUUCUUCGCGAGGGACGUCCGAGCUGACGAAAGGGAAUUCGGGUGAUCAUCACGUUGGUUAUUCGCAUCCUGCCACUCCGUCGACGCCGGCGCCAGCGGGGACUAACCUUCAGAAUUCAGCAGCAGGCUCUUAUUCAUCCUUUUGUGGGAUCACAGGAUCCACUGGAUCAUCCGCACUGGCUCCGGCAGCGCCUUCCGCUGGCGGGGGUCCUAUCGCCGGUCCGGCUAGUUACCGCGAUCAUAACGAACAACAGUCCAGCGGCGAAUGGGACCUGAAAAAAUGGAACGAAGAACGCGAACGAGACCGAGAAACGUGGAUCAACGAUCCGGAAUGGCUCCGCGUCGAGUCGUGGAUCGACGAACAUCCCAAUUUUUGUCUCGACUAUUUUCUCAGGAAAGCUACUCGGCAGAUGGUCGAUGCUUGGCUGGUGUCACACUCGCUGCCAAGCGGAGGCGCUGGAGCCGCGUCCGGAGGAUCUACCGAAACGGAAUCUGGCUCUUCGACGAGUGGUCAGCAACAGCAGCCGGGACUGGGCAGCAGUGGAAAAACUAGUUCUGGGAUGGCGACACCCGUUCGCAAGAUCUCGGCCCACGAAUUUGAGCGCGGCGGUCUGCUCCGACCGCUAAUUAGCAACGUUGACGGAACGCUGACAUUCAUCAGCCCGUCGACCAGCGAAGAGACACACGCCCUCAUCAACCACAGCAUUAAACCGUUCCGGCGGAAUCGCAACGAGCUCAAAUCGCUCGAUGAGAAAGAGCUCAUUUUCGAACUCGUCAAAGAUAUUUGUAACGAUCUGGACGUACGCAGUCUCUGCCACAAAAUCCUGCAGAAUGUGAGCAUCCUGACAAAAGCGGAUCGAUGUUCGCUGUUCCUAGUGCAAGGAGAGCGCGGUUCCGAGUCGCGCUGCCUCGUUUCCAAACUUUUCGACGUGUGCUCGCAAUCCACUCUGAAGGAGAUGGAGAAGAAGGAAGAAAUUCGUAUCCCUUGGGGCUCCGGUAUUGUCGGUUAUGUAGCGCAAAGCGGCGAGCCAGUCAACAUACCUGAUGCAUACAAAGACGAACGGUUCAAUCACGAUGUGGAUGUGAUGACCGGCUAUCACACACGCUCAAUGCUCUGCCUGCCCAUCAAAGACUCGAAUAACGAAGUCAUUGGAGUCGCACAGGUCAUCAACAAACAGGGUGAUAACGAAGCCACGUUCACGGUUCACGAUAGUCGGGUGUUCGCCGGCUAUCUCCAGUUCUGCGGCAUUGGUCUCAAGAACGCGCAACUCUACGAGCGCAGCCAAUUAGAAAUUAAGCGCAAUCAGGUUUUAUUGGAUUUAGCUCGCAUGAUCUUCGAGGAACAAAGUACGCUCGAGAUCAUGGUCUACCGCAUCUUAACACACACGCAAUCACUGAUUCAGUGUCAGCGUUGCCAGGUAUUACUAGUCCACGAGGCAUCGAAAGGAACUUUCUCGCGUGUAUUCGAUUUCGAAGCCAGCGAUCUAAGCGGAGAGGACCCCGAGGGUUCUGGAACUAGUCCAAAGGAGAGUCGAUUCCCGAUUAACGUGGGCAUCACCAGCUACGUCGCAACUACCGCAGAGACAGUGAACAUCAUCGACGCCUACCUGGAUCCGCGUUUCGAUCCUUCGGUCGACGAUGGGACGGACUUUGUCCACAAGACGGUCUUGUGCAUGCCAAUCAAGAAUUCCGAAGGUUGCAUCAUCGGCGUCAUUCAGUUAGUCAACAAAUUCAACAACUUGCCUUUCACCAAAAACGAUGAGAACUUUGUCGAAGCUUUCUCCAUCUUUUGCGGCAUGGGCAUCAACAACACCAACAUGUACGAGAAAGCCAUUGUGGCCAUGGCCAAACAACGCGUCACGCUGGAGGUGUUGAGUUACCACGCUACCGCGCCAGCUGAAGAUGCCACCAAGUUGAAGAAAGCCAUCGUCCCGUCUGCCAAAGCGUACCGGCUGCACGACUACCGUUUCAAUGAUUUCAGUCUGGAGGACGAAGAGACGUUGAAGGCCUGUCUACGAAUGUUUCUCGAUUUGGACUUGAUCGGUAGGUUUCACAUCGAUUACGAAGUGCUUUGUCGAUGGUUGUUGAGCGUCAAAAAGAACUACCGCAACGUGACGUACCAUAAUUGGAGGCACGCUUUUAACGUAGCUCAAAUGAUGUUCGCCAUCGUGACGGGCACGCAAUGGUGGAAAGUUCUAGGCGAAAUCGAAGUUCUUUCGCUCAUUAUGGCUUGUCUGUGUCAUGAUCUUGAUCACAGAGGAACCAAUAAUUCCUUUCAAGUCAAAGCGUCCUCACCUCUGGCGCAAUUGUACACGACGUCGACGAUGGAGCGACACCACUUCGAUCAAUGUCUCAUGAUUUUAAGCAGCCAAGGUUGCCAAAUAUUGAGCAACGUCACUUCUGACGAAUAUACGAAGAUCAUCAAAGUACUCGAGGAAGCCAUCCUAUCUACCGACUUGGCUGUUUAUUUCGGAAAACGCGGAGCGUUCUUCCAACUGGUUGCUACCCGAUCGUACGACUGGUGGCAGGAAAGCCAUCGGGAGCUAUUGCGUGGCAUGAUGAUGACCGCAUGUGACGUUGCUGCCAUCACCAAACCGUGGGAAGUACAGUGGAAAGUGGCUGAUUUGGUAGCCAACGAGUUCUUCGAACAGGGAGACAUCGAGCGCAGGGAGCUCAAAAUCACCCCGAUUGAUAUGAUGAAUCGUGAAAAGAAAGAUCAGCUACCCGCUAUGCAAGUCGGAUUUAUCGAUUCUAUUUGCCUACCAGUCUACGACGCGUUUUCCGCGGUCGAUGAGAAGCUUACCCCUUUACUGGAUGGAGUUCAUUCGAAUCGAAAGAGCUGGCAGUUGCUGGCUGAUUCCUAUAAUAAGCGACUGCAGGAUCAAAAGGAAGCGAUGCAAGAGCAAAAAAGGAAACUGGAUCAUCAACAAUCAGCGACGCAACAGCCGCCACAGCAACGCAAUGGCCAAAUCAGCCCUGUGGAAGCUUGAUGGGGAAAAAAAAAAAAUUAACCAAGAAAAUGACUUGCUGCCAAACAAAAAACAAAAACAAAAAAUUCGAAAAAAAAAAAAUGUUUUUUGCCUGCCCCUUAUGAAUUGUAAAAAAAAAAAAAGAUGAAAAAAAAAGAAUAACUUACAAACAAUCGAUCAUCACUGGCACAACGGGUAUUGGGAUAAAAGAAGCGUCUCGUUUACUCGCCGAGUCAAAAUUGUACAUAUGCGUACUGUAUUUCUAUCGGCUGGCACAAAUGAUACUUGUUCGUCAACGUCUAGACGGAAGUGAUGGACUGUUCCGUUAUUUUUGUUUCGCUUUCCUGUCCCCUCUUUAUUGGACAAGGACUCGAUGGUUUAUGGUACUAUGGGGCAAACAAGAAAUAUCUAAAGUUUACAUAUAUAUAUAUAUAUUGAAUUAGAAAACAAAAACAAAUGAAAUAAGGAAAUUGGGUCUUUCAUCCCGUCUUUUAACUGGACAACUUAUGACGGGCGAAAAAGAAAAAGGCCAACAUGUUGCUACCCAUUCCCGUACCCUUACUUUAUUUUCAUUUGUUCGUCGCGCAUUCGUAUUUCCUAUUGCAAUGCAUGUGUUAUAUUUGAAAAAAUCCCCCUCACAACAAUACAGGAAACAAAACGUGAAGGUCUACACAUAUGUUCCGUUUGAAAAUAAAAUGACAAGUUCUUGUGUGUUACAUCUCAUAUGCUGCACAUCACCAA